AUGGUGAUCAUAAAAGAUAAAUUAAAAAUAAAAAUUCUUGAAAAUAAUAAUGAAGUUUUUCCAAUAUUAAUACGUGAUAUUGGAGAAAAUUUAAAAGUAGGAGAAGAUGUUGCCUUAGUUCGUUUUGAUACAUAUGCUGAUUUUCUUGUACCAAGAAAUGUCCAAGCAGAUGAAAUUCAAACCUUAAAUCAUCUUGUUGAUUCAAUCAAUAAUCAAUGUUGGAUACUUCCAGCUGUUUAUAAGGGAUACAUAACAAAAAUUUUUUGGUUUAAACCACCAUGGGCUCAUCAGUUUCUUGAUGGUGUCUAUCAAUUACAAAUAGGAAAAUGUCAACAAACUGGUCUAUUAAAAGUUGCUUCACCACUUCCAUAUUUCACUUCGAAUUGUGUUUAUUCACCAAUUGAUAAACUUUCCAAUAUUCAUACAGUUGAUAUAUACAUAUCAACAAGUGGACUAGCAAAAAAUUAUUCAACAACAACUGAAAAAACUACUACACCAAUAUAUGAUAAUGAAAAUGAGACUGAACUUUUAGAUAAUGAUAAUCGAAAAAAAGCUAAAUUAUCCAUGAAUGACACAAAUCAUAAAAAUUCACCAUCAUCAGCUAAACGUAUCUAUGCACUUGAUGCAAAAUUAAUAAAUGAAUUACUUGCAACUAAACAAUUUUUAAUUGAUAUUGAUCUAUCAUUUUUUUCAACAGAUGAUUCAAUACGUAAACAAUUUGAUGAAAAUGAAUAUGAAAUUCUUCGGUAUGUUUAUACACGUAUCGCACAAGAACAUUCUGAUACAGAAAUUUUACCAUAUAUGACAGCACGUUUAAAUACAUUAGAACAAAUACGUACAAUUAUGAAUGAAUAUUUAAAUGAUCCAAAACAAGAUCAACCCAUAUCUAUUGAUAAUACUUAUUUAGCUGCAUUAAUUGCUAUUAUUCGUUAUAAAAAACUUGAUUGGAAAUCAAUACAUAAUUAUGGCAUACAUCUAUCUGAUACAAGACCACCAUUACAUGUUUCAUCUGAAGGAAUGAUACUUUAUUUACUUGAGUCAAUGGCUAAAGUUUUAGAAUCAAUUGAAAAACAUCCUAUUCUUAUUACUGUUUCAAGAUGUGUUAAUGAUGGAUUUUGUUCAUUGGAACAAGCUGAUUUAAUACAGUUACAUGUUGAAAAAAAACUUCGAAAACUUUAUAAAAUCGAUGAAAUCAUUGGAAAAAGUUUAUCAAAAUCAUUAGCUAAUGAUGAUAACAAUGAAGAUGACUAUAAUGAUGAAGGCAAUCAAGAAAAAAAAUCUCUAACAAAAACAAAUGAUGAACAUACUCAUCGUUUAAAUACUACAAAUGAUGAUAAAACUAUACACAUGGAAACAACAAAUAAAAGUGUAACAUCAAAAAAUGAUAAUGAUAUUAAUAUUUCGUCAUCAAUGAAUUUAAAUAAUCAAAAAUCACUUUCACCAUCAAAAUCAAAUUUAUCACCAGGUGAAAUAAAGCCAAUAUCACCAUCAUCACUAUCCGAAACAUCUCCUAUAUCAAACUGA